AUGUGGAAAGUGUUUGUGUAUUCCUCUGAGACUGAGAUUUGGACUACCAAGAUCAUUCACUGUCCUCGUCAAAUGACCUGCCUGCCUUAUCUCACGCUGAAUGGUACGAUUUACUUUACCUGUUUUAGUGUACAUGGAGUAGUCGCAUCUCAUGACUUCUAUUCCGAAUCCGACCAAUUUUGGGUUGUGCAACUACCGUACCAUCCGUGUCCCUUUGAGGACAUCGAACGAGCCUUUACUACAUCUGGAGGCUGUGUUAUAUAUGUCAGAGCAUUAGCUCAAAAGGAAGAAACUGUUUUAAAGAUUUGGAGGUUGAACAAUGAUCAAUCUUGGCAGCUUUUGUGGGACAUGGGCCUCCCUAUUCUUGGUAAUUGUGCACCCAUGGCGAUGCAUCCAUUUGAUGUAGGUAUUGUCUAUGUAUUGUGUCAACAUGAUCAUCAUUUGGUGUCAUGUAACCUGCGGACACGAAAGAUCACAAUCCUCAGGGAUGCAGAUAAUGAUGGUCAUCAAGAUUGUUUCGUUGACGAGUCUGUAUGUGUCGAGAGUGUGAACACAUUAUGGGAUCCAAGAUCACCACCACCACCACCAUCAAAGUGCAUGUGUAGAGCUAUGGUCUGGUUCCUCCCAUUUGUCCUCCCACGGUGGAUGGAAUCGGUGCCUCGUCCUCCCCAAGCUGAGAUGAUGGAUACAACUUCACUGCUUUCUUACACUACUUCAAGGCAGGCUACAAUGAAGAGGAAUAGAGACAACAACUGUUUUUGA